CGCAAAAUUCCAAAGCGAGCUGCUGCUAAUUUGGAUUUCAAGGAGCGAACUGCUCAAAAAAUUUCUAAGAAAUCUUCUGUCAUUGAAACUAAAAGGGACCACUUGGUGGAACACGAGACUGUGGCUGUACACAUGACAUCUGGUCCUGAUGAUCCUCGACCAAAUAGAAGACUCAUAGAUUUCAUUAUACAUGAUGCAGAUGGAAAUCCACAGCCCUUGGAUAUGUCUGAAGUUGUUGACAUGUUUAUUUCUGGUACUAUUUUGCCAUCGGAUGGAAGCUCAGAGAAUGAUAAGGACAAAGGCUUGCUCAGGUGUUGAGGUUUUCCAAAAACUGUCAAAGCCUUGUGGAGGUAACCCUGACUUGAGUCUUGAUGAAUUGCUUGAUGGUGUUGUCCGUUCAAUGAGUGGAAGCAAGACCUUCCCCAGUGGAAUGCCUAUCAAGGACUUUGUCAUCUCACAGGGUGAAUUCAUCCAUAAUCAAUUGAUUGGUCUGGAUGAUUAUAAUCAAUUGAUUGGUCCGGAUGAGCCAUCGCAGAAAGAUGAUAAAAAAUUUUCUGAAUUACCUGUGCUUGUUGCCCUAAGGGAUGAAAGUAGGAAAAAAGGGGUGUUGCAAGAGGAGUGUUGGGAAUCAAUGGAAUCAAAGAAAAAGCAUUGUCCAGCCACUGCUUCAAAUAUAUUAUAUAUUAAGAUCAAGGAAAGUGAAAUAGCAAAUGACUAUCCACUACCUGCCUACUACAAGACCUCCGCCCAAGAGAUGGAUGAAUAUAUUCUCUUUGGCGAUGAUUUCUCUGUGUACGACACUGAUAACUUUCCUAGAAACAUACUACACAAUUGGUCACUUUAUAACUCGGACUCCAGGCUUAUUUCUUUGGAGCUCGUUCCACUGAAACCUUGUGAUGAAGUUGAUGUGACAGUCUAUGGUUCUGGGAUUGUGACUGCUGAUGAUGGGAGUGGGUUCUGUCUUGACGCUGAUCCAAAACAACCAUCUUCAAGUUCUUCAGGAGCACAAAAUGUAGACGGAAUUCCAAUUUAUUUGAGUGCAAUAAAAGAAUGGAUAAUUGAAUUUGGAUCAUCAAUUGUCUUCAUAUCAAUCCGAACAGAUUUGGCCUGGUAUAAGCUUGGGAAGCCUUUAAAACAGUAUGCUCCAUGGUAUGAGCCUGUUCUAAAAACUGCAAGGAUUGCAAUCAGCAUUAUCACGUUGUUAAAGGAGCAAAGCCAGGUGUCACGGCUUUCUUUUGCCGAUGUCAUUAAGAAAGUAUCGGAGUUUGAAAAGGACCAUCCUGCUUAUAUUUCUUCUAAUCCACCACUGGUGGAGAGAUAUGUGGUGGUCCAUGGACAGAUUAUUUUGCAACUCUUUUCAGAAUAUCCCGAUGAACUGAUCAGGAAGUGUGCUUUUGUAACUGGUCUAUUUAGUAAAAUGGAGGAGAGGCAGCACACAAAACUUUUAGUAACGAAGAAGGCUGUGGUGAAGCAGAAGACAAACCUGAAUCCAAGAGCAGCAAUGGGACCUGUGGUGUCAAAGAGGGAAAAAAUGCAGGCUACAACUACGCGGCUGAUUAACAGAAUCUGGGGGGAAUACUAUUCAAAGUACUCCUCAGAUUACCUGAAAGAAGGAGAUAACAAUGAGCCAAAAGAGGUAGAAGUGGAUGAAGAACAAGUGGAGAAUGAAGAGGAUGACGAUGAAGAGGCAGAUGGGGAGAAUGCACCAGUUCCAGAAAUUGCUCCAGAAACUCCUUCGUUCAGACAAACUAAAUCUAGGUCCAACAGCAAGCAAAUUAAAUGGGAUGGGGAGCUGGUUGGAACAACAUGUUCUGGUAAGCCUCUUUAUCGAAAGGCUUCUCUUGAUGGUGAAUCGAUUUUUGUUGGGGGUGCUGUGGUCCUAGAAGUUGACAAUUCAGAGGAAAUGUUGCCUAUCUGUUUUGUGGAGUACAUGUUCGAAACAUCAGAUGCUAGGAAAAUGGUCCAUGGGAGGGUAAUGCAAAGAGGGUCACAGACUGUUCUUGGUAAUACUGCUAAUGAGAGGGAGGUCUUCUUGACGAAUGAUUGUAUGGAAUUUGAAUUAGGGGAUGUUCAACAAUCUGUGGUUGUCAAUGUGCGCUUGAUGUCUUGGGGCCAUCAGCAUAGGAAGGAGAACAUCAACUCUGGUAAGAUUGACAGAGAAAUGGCAGAAGAGAGAAAAAGAAAAGGACUUCCCAUUGAAUUAUAUUGUAAAAGCUUGUAUUGGCCUGAUAGAGGUGCUUUCUUCAAGCUUCCCUAUGACACCAUGGGUCUUGGAACUGGAGUUUGCCACUCUUGCAAAAUAAAGGAAAGUGAGAAGGAGAAAGAAAUCUUUGUAGUAAAUUCUUCCAACAGUGGAUUUAAAUAUAAUGGGAUUGAGUACACAGUUAAUGAUUUUGUAUAUGUACGUCCAAAUCACUUUGGGGUCAAUACAAAGGACCAGGGAACUUUCAAGGAUGGAAUAAAUGUUGGGUUAAAAGCUUAUGUUAUAUGCCAGCUGCUUGAGCUUGAUGUCCCCAAGGCAUCUAUAAAAACUGACCCAAAAUCAACUCAUGUAAAAUUAAGGAGAUUCUUCAGACCAGAGGAUGUCUCACCAGAAAAAGCAUACAGUUCUGACAUUAGAGAAGUCUACUAUAGUGAAAAGAAGCUUAGUUUGCCUGUUGAGGUGAUAGAAGGGAGGUGUCAAGUUAGAAGAAAGUGUGAUGUUUCUCCUUUACAUGGCCUCACAAUCUUUGAACACAUCUUCUUUUGUGAACAUAUGUAUGAAUUUGAUACAGGAGCCACCAAGCAGUUGCCAACUAAAGUCAGACUAUCAAAGGUCGAUACUACUACAUCCAAAAAGAGAAAAGGAAAGUUCAAAUAUGAGGAACGCGGUCCCGACAUCCUUGACGAACGAAAAGAUUUAUCUCAGAAAAGUUGCUUGGCCACUCUAGAUAUUUUUGCUGGCUGUGGUGGCUUGUCUGAGGGGCUCCAGGAAUCCGGGGCUUCAGUGACCAAUUGGGCAAUUGAAUAUGAUGGAUCUGCUGGAGAAGCAUUCGAUCGUAACCAUCUAGAAGCUGUGACAUUUGUUAAUAAUUGCAAUGUGAUUCUAAGGGCCAUAAUGGAAAAAUUUGGAGAUGUAGAUGACUGCAUCUCAACUUCUGAGGUUAUUGAGUUUGCUAAACUCAUAAGUGUGACGGAUUUCGAUAAUUUGCCUCUGCCUGGUAAAGUAGAUUUCAUUAGUGGAGGUCCCUCGUGUCAGGGUUUUUCUGGAAUGAACAGAUUCAAUCAGAGUACUUGGAGCAAAGUCCAGUGUGAGACGGUACUGGCAUUCUUGUCCUUUGCUGACUACUUCAGGCCAAGGUUCAUCCUGCUGGAGAAUGUGAGGAACUUUGUUUCAUUCAAUAAAGGACAGACUUUCCGAUUAACCUUAGCAUCGCUUCUUGAAAUGGGUUAUCAGGUGAGGUUUGGUAUUCUUGAAGCUGGUGCUUAUGGUGUUGCCCAGUCACGGAAACGAGCAUUCAUCUGGGCUGCCUCUCCAGAAGAGAUGCUUCCUGAAUGGCCUGAACCAAUGCAUGUCUUUACAGGGCCAGACCUGAAAAUUUCAUUAUCAGGAAAUGUACAAUAUGCUGCAGUUCGGAGUACGGAAAAUGGAGCACCUUUCCAUACUGUAAGUGUGAAAGAUGCAAUCGGAGAUCUCCCAGCUGUUGACAAUGGUGCAUCUGAAACGAUAAUGGCUGUUAGACUAAAUCAUGGAGAGUUGGAAGAUUUAAUGCCUUGGUGCCUGCCUAACACAGUCAAGAAACAUAAUCAAUGGAAGGGACUAUUUGGAAGGUUAGACUGGGAAGGAAACUUCCCGGCUUCCAUUAUGGACCCUCAACCUAUGGGUAAGAUAGGGAUGUGUUUUCAUCCUGAGCAGGACCGAAUAGUCACAGUUCGCGAAUGUGCCCGCUCUCAAGGAUUCCCUGAUAGCUAUCAAUUGUGUGGUACCAUUCAACAUAAGUAUAGACAGAUCGGGAAAGCGGUUCCUCCACCUUUGGCAUUUGCUCUGGGGAGGAAACUCAUGGAAGCUAUGAACCAAUAGAAUUUGUAGCGAGUUUAACA